AGUUAAAAACAGAGCAAUCCACUCAAAGCUUGAAGCUUGGAAAUGGCGCGAGGGGUAAUCUUACCGUCGCAAACCAGUACCCAAACCUUACUUUUCGCCAUUCCAAAAAUACCCCUAACAACAUGGAAACUCCCAUUCAUGUCCCGUCAAGUUUCCUGCAAGUGCUCGUCCACCCAAGCCCCAGUCGUCGCAGUCGACAUGGCCAAGUACAAGGAAGCUUUCUCUAGACGAAUGGCCAUGGCUGGCCUCAAGCCCCACCACCGAGUCGCUAUUGGGGUCUCUGGAGGUCCAGACAGUAUGGCUCUAUGUGUUUUGACCGCCCACUGGAAAGCUCAAGACUUUGAUGCGAAAUGUGAUGGUUGUGGCUUCAUUGACGGGCUUUUGGCAAUAAUUGUCGACCAUGGGCUGCGUGCAGAGAGCAAAGAAGAAGCCAACACUGUUUCUAAUCGGGUCUCUAAAAUGGGAAUCAGAAGUCAUAUUGCCCGUUGUGAUUGGCCGGAUGGUCAUCCGAAACAAGGUCACUUGCAAGAAGCAGCUCGUGACAUGAGGUAUGAAAUAUUUCAGAAGAUUUGCAUCCAGAACCGGAUUGGUGUGUUACUUAUUGCACAUCAUGCUGAUGACCAGGCUGAGUUAUUUGUGCUCAGACUAUCUCGUAAUAGCGGUGUCCUUGGACUUGCUGGUAUGCCUUUUACGUCUCAAAUUUUCUCCACGCAUACCCAUUCCUAUGCUGAAGUUUCGGGAAACUACGGUAUCCUUGUUGUGCGACCACUCCUGGAUCUUUCAAAAGAAGAUAUGUACGAGAUAUGUGAAAGAAGUAAUCAGGUCUGGGUGGAAGACCCAACGAAUCAAAGCCUGUUAUAUGCUCGUAAUAGAAUUCGAAUGUCUCUAAGGGACUCAUCAUCAAGUGCAUUCAAGUUGGAGCUACAAGCAGUUAUUUCUGCCUGUCGCAAAACACGCAUAUACAUCGAUUAUAUUUGUGGUAAUUUGAUAAGCAAAGCAGUGACUGUUAUGGAUCUGGGAUAUGCUGUUAUUGAUUUAGAGAUUCUUAAUGAAUCAAAAAUCGAGGACAUUUGCCUGUCAAAGUUUAUUGCCUUGGUUUUGAAGUUCAUCUCACAAAGGCACAGGCCAAUUAGAGGUAGUACUUCAAAAUUGCUUUUGGACUACACACAUACUUUACCGUGCAAGACCUCCCUUACAGCAGCUGGCUGCUACCUUUCUCCAGCUCCUGGGUCUAGAGGCAUGAAAGCUCUAGUUUGUUCUUCUGUCGAUUGUCCUCUACCUUCAAAAAUGGAAUCAUCCCAUCUACAUUUUCAGGCAGAACAGGAAAACUGUACUUCAGAUGAGAUUGUGAAAAUUAUAGCAGAUGGCAAAUCAUAUGCAGAUUCCUUAAUUCCAGAUGCAUCAGAUGUGCAUUUCUUGGAAGGAACUUCUGAAUCAGUUCUAACUGGAGCCAGGAAUCUUGGUAUGCUUAGUGAGUCAACCCUUUCAAAUAUUCUUUUAUUACAGAAGGAAGAGAUUCAGAAUUUCAAGUCUAAGAGCAAAGUCGCAGCUGACUACAAGUCAGAGCAUGGAGUCAAAUCUGUUAGUACAUCAAGGAGUGAACCUCUUCACCCUGGGCAAAUAUGUUGCUUCAUGAACCGGUUCUUUGUCACAUGGAAACUGAGUGAGGAAGUUACUGAAAAUGCAACUUCUGAGGAAGCUAAUAGCGAUGGAGUUUCGGAGGGACAAAGUCGGGGCUGUUGCAGAUCUUGUGUAUUUGGUCAUGACAUGAUGGUUGAGGUGCGGAACAUGAGUGAACCAGAUUGGCUGUAUCUUGCCAACUUGUCGAAGAGUCGAACUUCAGAAAACUUUCAAGAACAGAGACAUUCUUUAGAUAGUAGGGUAGAGCAAACAGAAGAGAAGACAAACGGAUGUCUAGAUUAUGCAAGGCUCUCAGCACAAAGAGCCCUUGUAUCCCUGAAGUCUAUCCCUCUGGCUGCAAGAAGAGGCCUGCCUGUCCUAGUGAAUAGUCAAGGACUACUGCUAAGCAUCCCAAGCAUUGGCUUCAAACACUGCCCAUGCUUAAUGGUAUCUGCAACAUUCAAGCCAAAAGUACCACUCGGCGGAGGUCAUAGUACGUUCAUCUAGUCGCCAUAGUUUCGAAUCAGCGGGUCCACCCAUUCUCUACAACCUGGAUGCUCGCACAAUUUUGUACUGUCUUUAGAUUAUGUUGCAGUUUGCAACCGAGGUUACCUGUAUUGAACCCAGCUUCUUGACCCACCCAAAAAAAAAAACCCAGCUUCAAACCCCAAACUUU